AGAAAACUUAAUGAUCGCUGCAAUGGGGCACAUCAACAUUGCUUCCUUAGUAUUGACCUUGCUUUCUCUCUGUAACGGAAAGGAAAUCCAUGCCGCCACCAAGAACGCUACGGAAGAAUUCAUUCGGAGGUACGGGUCACUGGGGACUCUCUCACGGGAGGAAUUCAUUAGUUUAGGUAAUGCUCUUCAGAGGGGACCAAGAAAGUUUAGUGGCACUGCUCGGAAUGACUCUUGUCAAUGCCAGACUUUCUCCCAGAUAUUCCAGGAAGUUUCCAGUGGAGGUACCCAGAUUAAUGACUCUUCUCUGUCAGCCGCCUGUCCUCUGUUGUUGUUGAAACUCCAUAAUGAGGAUUGCUGUUCCGACUCGCAAUCAGCUGUCCUCGAGCAUGCUGGGAAACCGCCUAUAGGACAAGCAUGGGGGUAUGGUAUUGGUUUCGUGAGCUUGGUUGUCCUAAUCUCUAACACAGGAGUCUUCCUUGGACCAUGUAUUCACACGAAUGCAUUCAAGAGAAUUCUUAUGUUCUGCGUAGCCCUUGCCGUGGGAACGCUCGGUUCCACUGGAUUUUUAGUACUCAUACCUGAGUCUAUGCAUCUUACAGGAGAAGAUAGUCCAGUUCCCGAUUAUCACUGGAAAAUGGCCACCGUCAUUGGUGGGGCGUAUUUUGUAUUUAUUUCUGAACGCGUCUUGAAGUUCGUCAUUGACAGGCGCAGGAGACCUAACUCAGAAGACAUAAUUGAUGACCCGGCAGAUGAUAAAAAUCAAGAAAACGGUAAAGUGGAAUUGUUAGAGAGGAAACUUCAUUCACAUUCUCAUAUAAAUCUAGGCGUUAUAGACAAAGACGGCAAAAAGGAAAUAGCUCCAGUGGCCUGGAUUCUGCUCAUUGGAGACGCCAUCCAUAAUUUUGUGGAUGGAUUAUCUAUCGGGGCGGCAUUUACAGAAGAUACUUUGCUAGGGAUAAGUGUUUCUUUGGCCGUUUUGUGCGAAGAAUUGCCUCAUGAAUUAGGUGACAUUGCCAUCCUUCUUCAUGCUGGUCUAAAAAUGAAAAGGGCGCUUUUCUUAAAUUUCAUAGCGGCUGUGAUUUCUUAUGCGGGACUUGUGAUAGGAAUAUUGGUGGGAGAAAAUACAAACGCCAAUCAGUGGAUAUUUGGGUUCGCAGGAGGAUUAUUUGUGUACAUUGCCUUAAGUGACAUGAUUCCAGAAAUGAAAGAACAGUUAGCAGAGGCAGAAUCAAGUGGUUCUGAAAACAUGUAUUUAGUGUUCUUAAUUCAGAAUUCUGGACUGGUGCUGGGGUUUCUCAUUAUUCUGUGUAUUGUUCAGUUCGGUGGUGAAAUUCAAGUUUAACAACAGAGGCUACUAGUUACACACAUACACAGAGAGAGAGAGAGAGAGAGAUUAUGAUAAUUUUAAAGAUUUUAUAUUUUUUAAAUAUUUUUUUCACAUUGCUUAAUGAUUAGAAUGAAUGUUUUACUUUUUAAGUAAACUUGAACGUAAUUCAUCAAAAAAAAAACAAACAAACAAACAAACAAAAAACAAAAAAAAGGAAAAACUAUAUACCCCCGAAUCUUCGAUACGGGGCAUAAAAAAAAGCUUCAACUAAUAUCAUAUAAAAUGUACAUUUAUGUAAUUCCUUCAUGAGAGUGUCUAGAGUAUAUAUAUUGAUAUGACCACCCGGUUAUAUGUAAAGAAAUCAAAGAGUGACUGUUGAUUUCCGAUUUCUUAAUUUCAGUUAUUAAUUUCAAUAUACAUGCAAUGGAUGUAUAAAUUUUUAUGCCCCCCUUCGAUUUGAAGGAAGGACAUAUUGCUUUGCUGCUGUCGGUCGGUCUGUCUGUCCGUCCACCAACAGUUUCCGUUCAUUUUCUUCGCAGAGGUUGCACAUAUUGAAAUGAAAUUUGGUAUACAGAUUUAUUAUAAAAAUAUCUGGGUCAAGUUCUGUUUUGGGUAGGAUCGAGCAAUUUUUGACAGAGUCAUGCCCCUAGAACUUAAGAAAAAAUCCAAUUAUUUGCAGUUUCCGUUCAUUUUCUUUGCAGAAGUUGCACAUACUGAAAUGAAAUUUGGUAUACAGAUUUAUCAUAAGAAUAUCUAGGUCAAAUUUUGUUUUGGGUAAGAUCGAGCAAUUUUUGACAGAGUUAUGCCCCUUGGAUUAGAAAAAAUUCCAGUUAUUGGAGGGGGCAUAAGUGUUUCACGAACAACUCUUGUUGUAUUUAGAACUGCAAGAUCUCAACUCUAAUGUUCAUUAAACUAAUUACAUGUAAUCAAAUAAUUGGGCUUUUUUGUAUCUCUGACACCUUUCUUCCUUUCUGGAAGUCGUUAUCAAUUGUUUAGACUGCGGAUAUUAGUAUAUAUAACAUUGGAUGUGACUAAAACAUUGUAUUUGUUUUGGGAAUGUAUAUACAGUGUAUUAUGUUGACGUAUUAUGGAGUAAUAAAGUGGAUUGAUGAACAUA